CCCAGGUGGACAUUUGUCUCAUCAGCGCCUGCUGUAGCCUGCUGGACAACCUGCUGUCUCCGGCCACCUACGAAUCCUUGGAGUAUUGGUUCAUGUUCUGCUUCACGGCUGCCUGUGGUCUGUGCCUCGCGGAAGUGGAUGGUGUGGAUUAUCGCAAGAACUUCAGCAACUGGUGGAAGGGCGAGAUGAAGAGCGUGAAGUAUCCCUCCAAGGGUGGCAUCUUCGACUACUACGUGAAAGAUGCCAAGUUCGAGGAGUGGUCCACCGCGGUGGAGACCCUGGAAUACUCCAGCGAGACGCCCAUGGGAGAAGUGACGGUGACGACCAAUGAGACCUACGCCAUGUCCUACUUGAUGAAGGCCCUCAUUGAACAGCACCACCCCGUGAUGCUCAUUGGUCUGGCGGGAUGUGGAAAGACACAGAGCUGCUUGGGACUGCUGAAGUCUUUACCCCCGGAUGUCUUCACCUACUACGCGAUGAACAUGAGCUACUACACGGAUUCCACCCUUCUUCAGACGAUGAUGGAGAAUCCCCUGGAGAAGAAGGCCGGAAAGUUGUAUGCUCCUCCGGGGAAGUUGCAGUUGAUCUACUUUGUGGAUGACUUGAAUAUGCCGGCCCUGGACAAGUACAACACACAGUCUGCCAUCGAGUUGAUGAAGCAGAAGCAGGACUAUGGGCACUGGUACGACAGGCAGAAGAUCUUGGUGAAAGACAUUGGCAACACCCAGUACCUGUGCUGCAUGAAUCCCACUGCGGGCUCCUUCAUCGUGAACCAACGUCUGCAGCGCCACUUCUGGUGCUGUGCCGUGCCCUUCCCCGAGCAGUCCGCACUGUUGACCAUCUACUCCACCUUCAUGAAGGGUCACUUUGAACGACUGCCCUUCAAGGGUCCGGUACAGGAGCAGGUCUCAGGUAUCAUCAAAGCCGCCUUGAGCCUUCACUCCAUGGUGGUCAGCAACUUCCGUAAGACUGCCAGCAACUUCCACUACGAGUUCAACAUCCGUCACAUGAGUGGCGUCUUCAGCGGCCUGCUGCAGGCAAAGCCCGGGGAAUUCGCCGAAGCCGAGAAGGUGGUGCUGUUGUGGAUCCACGAGAGCGAGCGCAUCUACGGAGAUCGCUUGGUGAGUCCCCAGGAUCUCAAGAAGUACAGGGCCCUGGCGGCGGAUCUCAGCAAGAAGAUGUUUGGAAAGUUCAACUUCGCCAAAUACUUCCAGGAAAAGAAUCCGGAACCCCUGGUCUUCGCACCCUUCUCCAAGGGAAUCCAAGAGAUGGAUGGCGGAGGUUUCUACGACAAGAUCCCAUCCACGGAGCGUUUGUCGCAGCUUCUGGGGGAGGCGUUGCGCGAGCACCUCGGUCACCAUCCACGAAGCCAGCAGUUGGUGCUCUUCAACGACGCCAUGUGCCACGUGGGCAAGAUCUGUCGAAUCAUCACCAGCACACCGGGACAUCCUCUCCUGGUGGGCGUGGGUGGCAGCGGCAGACAGAGUUUGUCACGACUGUCGUCGUACACCUGUUUGUAUCAGACCAUGAUGAUUGUCAUCAGUGGCAGCUAUGGCAUGAACGAUUUGAAGGCUGAUUUGCAGGCCAUGUAUACCAAGGCUGGUGUGAAGGAUGAAGGCGUUCUCUUCCUCUUCACCGAUGGACAGAUCACCAAUGAGAAAUUCUUGGUCUUCAUCAAUGACCUGUUGGCAUCAGGAGACAUCGCGGACCUCUACGCCAGCGAUGAGAAGGAUGCUAUCCGCAACGGCGUCCGCAGCGGAUGCAAAGGCGCCGGGAUUCAGGACACACCCGAGAAUCUCUGGAGUUUCUUCAUUUCGCGCAUCCGAAAGAACCUCCACAUGUCGCUCUGCUUCAGCCCCGUGGGCGACGCCAUGCGGAACCGCGCACGAAAGUUCCCGGCCUUGGUGAACUGCACCUGGGACUUUCGUGGGGAGCUGGGGGAGCUGGGGCUGCUACCUGGCUGUUUGGUGGUGAACUACCUACGAAUCGUAAGUGGGUUAGUUCACCCCAGUUUUUUGAGUGGACAUUGCCCUUAUCCCAUUUAG